AUGGCGGGCAAAAUCAGACAACCAAUUGACGAAAAGGCAUUUGCCAAGUACGUGGAUGAGAAUGUGCCUGAGAUCAAAACGCCACUGCAGCUCAAGCAGUUUGGCUUUGGCCAGUCCAACCCGACGUACCAAAUCACCGACGCCGUCGGGGGCAAAUUUGUGAUGCGCAAGAAGCCGCCGGGCAAGCUAAUCUCCAAGACGGCACACCGCGUCGACCGCGAGUACCGCAUCAUCCACGCGCUGCGCGACACGGAUAUUGCGGUGCCCAAGGCGUACGCGCUGUGCGAAGACGAGGCCAUCAUCGGCACGCCGUUUUACAUCAUGGAGUUUCUAGACGGCCGCAUCUUUGAGGACUUUACCAUGCCAGGCGUCGGCGCCGAGGAGCGCACGGCACUGUGGAGGGCGGCUAUUGAGACGCUUGCGCGCUUCCACAGCGUCGACUUUCGCAAAGUCGGCCUCGAGAGCUUUGGCAAGCACAAGGGGUUUUAUAGCAGACAGGUGCAGACGUGGACGACUAUUUGCGAGAUGCAGGCUCAAGUCGCCGACGUCGAGACCAAGGAGCCGGUCGGCCAGCUGCCGCACUUUGAGGAGAUUAUGGCCUUUUUCAGCGACGUCAAGCAGCAGCCCAAGGACAGGGCGACACUUAUCCACGGCGACUACAAGAUAGACAACAUUAUUUUCCACAAGACGGAGCCGCGCAUUAUCGGUAUUCUAGACUGGGAAAUGGCCACCAUCGGCCACCCGCUCUCCGACGUCUGCAACUUUCUCACGCAGUUCUACCUGGCGCGGGCCUCGGGCGGCGCGCACGCCGAGACGGCCGCCUUUUUGCCUGGCAAGACGCCCGGCCUGCCGCAGCCUGACCAGAUCAUCCAGUGGUACGCCGCGGCCUCGGGCUACGACCCGCUGCCGGAGCUCAACUGGGGCGCGGCCUUUAGCCUGUACAAGAUCGCGGGCGUCCUGCAGGGCAUCGCCGCGCGCUACGCGGUGCGGCAGGCCAGCAGCGCCCAGGCGCAGGCGUACGCGGCUGGUCGGAUACCCAUGGCUGAGUUUGGGUGGCAGCUCGCGGAACUGGCGCAAAAGGGAGACAAACCGCGCUUGUAA